AUGGUGAGCAAAAACUUGCAGUCUAAGGAUAUGCUUCUUGAUGUAGCUAUUGAAAGUUUGAAAGGGCUGGUUUCAUUUUUUGAGAAAUAUAGGGAGAAUGAGUUUAAUUCUGCUAUCACUGAUGCGAAAGAAAUUAUUGAUGAAAUGGGAAUUGAACCAGUUUUUCAUGUACCGCGUAAGGCUACAAGAAAGAGACAUUUUGAUGAAAAUCCUAAUACAGAAAGAGAACAACAAUCUGCUCAAGAAAAGUUUAGAACAGACUACUUUCUUGUUUUGGUUGAUAUGGCAAUUUCUCAAUUGAAAACCAGAUUUGAACAAAUGGAACUUUUUGAAUCUAUGUUUGGCUUCUUAUUUGAUGCAUCACGGUUGAUUGUAUUGGAUGAUGAAGGAAUGAAAAAUUGUUGUCUAAACCUUGAAAAUGCUUUGAAACAUGGUGAGGAUUGUGAUAUUGAUGCUAAGGUUUUACUUUCAGAAUUGCAAAUAUUGCAAGAUAUGUUGCCAACUGAAGCAUAUGAAACUGGAAAGCCAUGGAGUUCCAUUGAAAUUAUGGAGUUCGCAAAAAAAAUGGAUUUCUUUCCAAAUAUUUUGGUUGCUUAUCAACUUUUGUUGACUGUACCUAUUACUGUGGCAUCAGCGGAAAGAAGUUUUUCAAAACUAAAGUUGAUAAAAUCUUAUUUGCGGACAUCUAUGGCUCAAGAUAGGUUGAAUGGACUGACACUAUUGAGUAUUGAGAAGAAUAUGCUGAAAGUUGUUGAAGUUGAACAUAUUGUUGAUGACUUUGCUUCUAAAAAUGCAAGAAGGAGUCAUUUCAGAUGA